GACGUUCUCGAGGGGCUUCAAAAGAGGGCGGGUACAUGGGGAGGGAGCCAAUGCUAUGUCGUAUGUUGCAAAGUCAAGUGAGGAAGCGCAGUGGUUGGUGGCUAAAGGAGAGGACGUGGUGGUUAUCAGGGGAGUAGAAUACAAGAUGCUCUUCAAGCCUUGGUUCACUAGAGCGGAGCUGGAAGACCGGCGAAGGCAGGAGGAGGAGACGAAAUUUCGGGUUACAGCAAUCAGAGUGCCUCUGAGGGCAAUGUUCCAUGUUCCAGAUUUGAUACAACAAUCGAUGGGGGCAAUUAUUUUGCAACACCCGCCUGAACCGGAUGCCGCUCGUCCCAAGCUAAUGAAUCUCAAGUUUGAACUAUCAAGGGAUGCAGAAGAAAGAUUCGAGCCCACCCUGGCAAUGAAGUUAGAAGAUGGGGAACUGUACAACGUCGAGUUGGUGUGUAAAAACACCUCGUGGUGUACCCGUUGUCGCUGGUGGUAUCAUACGGAGUCAGUGGGUUGCCCAAGAGCGGGGGAAGGGGAAAAAGCGACGGGGUUUGGGGCUUCGGGAGGUGAGCGCGACCGCAACCGGGGAUGGAACCAAGGGGAAGUAGUGUUCCAGAGGGGGAUAAGAGAAGAGGCUAGGGACGUGGCGUUUCCUCAGGGCGGUGCGAGGGGGACGAACUUGACAGGAGGAGGAACGAGGGAUGUUCACCUUCGAGCGCCAAGAUCGGGGUCCCAUGUAGCAAGCCAGAAUCAAGGAAACGGAGAGCAAGCGGAUGCUCGGGCGGCCACCCCACCGGCAAGCAGGCUAGCUGGGACGGGAGGAGCAGGGGAAAGGGUAGGGGGGCUGCCUGUCGGUGCGGGAGGAGCGGAGCAUAUGGGGACAGCGAUGACGUGGGGACAGUACCAGGGCCAAGGUGAUCCAUAUCUGCAGCUCGUUCAACAAAAUCCCAUGUGGCAACAGCCCUUGUUGGGAGGAACGCCGCAAGGCUAUUGGGCAGGACUGGGAUACCCCGGGAUGCAAUAUUUAAACCAGUACCUAGGUUAUUUAAGCCAGAGGUCAGGAGAGGGGCUCGGAAGGCAACCCCAAGGAAUCGGAGCGUCGCAACCGGGACUAUUGGAAGAAGCGGGGUGAAGGAAGUGAGGAUAGAUUACUAGGGUGGCCAAGAGCGUGCUCAGGGACAGGCUAGCUCGUCUCAGCUCUCAAGU